CAGGGAGACUUCUGAGGCCUCUGCCAUCGUCCCCUCCGGUGCCUGGAGCAGGGACCCGGUGCCUGGAGCACCCAGCGGGGUCUCUGCCCCACUCCCCGCAGCCCCACACGGACCCUUCUCUGUGUUUGUACCUUUUUCUAUGCAAAGAACAUUAAAUGUCCCCAUUCACCGUGUGCCUGCGCCCGGGACCUGCUUCUCCCUUGGGGCUCUGGGGCUGCUGCUCCCCAUACCCUGCCCUAUAGCGGGGCUCCGGCCCCAUAGCGCGGGUCCCAGCCUCACACCGGGGCCCGGAACGGAGGAGCCCGGAACGGAGGAGCGCGGUGGCCGAACCGGGCCGAGCCGCGCUGCCCCGUACCCCGGAUGCGCUCAUCCUCCCGGAAGUCCCUCAUCCAGCCGCUCGUUCUCUUUCCGCCGCCAUCUUGGACCCUGCUCCCAGCACAAAAUGCCCGGCGAAGCGACAGAAACCGUCCCGGCCACCGAGCAGGAGCUGCCGCAGCCGCAGGCGGAGACAGGGUCCGGAACAGAGUCUGACAGCGAUGAAUCCGUACCAGAGCUCGAAGAGCAAGACUCCACACAGGCCACGACACAGCAGGCACAGCUUGCAGCAGCAGCUGAAAUAGAUGAAGAACCCGUUAGCAAAGCAAAACAGAGCCGGAGUGAAAAGAAAGCACGGAAGGCAAUGUCUAAGCUGGGCCUUCGCCAGGUGACAGGAGUAACCAGAGUCACCAUCCGGAAAUCCAAGAACAUCCUCUUUGUUAUCACAAAGCCAGACGUGUACAAGAGUCCUGCUUCAGACACCUACAUAGUCUUUGGUGAAGCAAAGAUUGAAGACCUGUCCCAACAGGCCCAGUUGGCAGCUGCUGAGAAGUUCAAAGUGCAGGGAGAAGCCGUUUCAAACAUCCAGGAAAACACACAGACCCCCACGGUGCAGGAGGAGAGUGAGGAGGAAGAGGUUGACGAAACCGGCGUCGAGGUGAAAGACAUCGAGCUGGUGAUGUCGCAGGCGAACGUGUCCCGAGCAAAGGCCGUCCGUGCCCUCAAGAACAACAGUAACGACAUUGUAAAUGCCAUCAUGGAGUUGACGAUGUAGCUGUGGGAUGGAGGAGCCUUUUUUGGUGUUUCAGAGAAGAGUUCAAAUGCAUCUACGUUUAAAAUUUGUACUAUUUCUAUCCGGGAAUAAAAGUUGUGGCUUAUUGUUGGUGAAA